UGCAGAUAAUUACAUAAAGUGGCAGAAAAUAAUCAAUUAUGAUAAUAAACCUGAUCAUCCAACAAAUGGCAUGAAAAAGUUAGCAGUUGUUAAACUCCCUAUAAGCGGACCUAAAGUAACUGAACUUAAACACGCUGUAAAUAGCAAAAAAUAUGUAAGAGGGGAUUUAGUUAAAAUUGAAAAAUUAUACACAAAGUAUUUCAGCAAAUCCAUAAUAGAUACUAUCGUUAUUAUUGCAAAUAUACUCAAUAUAAUUUCAAUUUCUAAAAAACAUUACAAGGCACAAAUGGAUGAAUCUUUUAAGAAAAAAUCUGAAGCUGAAAAACUUAAAGUAAGAUACGAUGCCAACCGAUUACAUGGAAGGCAUAAAAAAAUCCUAGAAACAAAGUUGAAAAACAAUUUUAUAGACGUUGUAUCAUCUUUUGAAAUGUCAGAAUUUGAUUCUGCAUUUCAAAUGUUUUUUCUAACUAUAUUAACUGUACUUCGAGUUUUGGAUCAGCCCAAAUUCAAAAAAGGUGGUAUCUUCAAAUAUGUGGUACUUUUACUAUGGAAUAGUUUGAAGAACAGUGAUUAUAACCAUCCCGACAUUUUUUCAAUGCUUCGGUCAAAGACAUUUCAAGCUGACUGCAUUGAUUUAAUAAGUGUAAUUGAAGAAGGUCAGGAUAUUGACUCUGGAGUCACCAAUCGCAUGCCAUUGUUUUUUGUAUCAACAGUAAAAAGUCGGGAAUAUUUUCGAGCAGUUAUUGAUGUUGUCACUGGUGAUUCGAAUGAAGACCUGGGAUUAUUAAUCGAUAAUGCAACUUUUAAAUAUUCCAUUAAUUCAAAGUUUAAAGAUACUGUAGAUUCACCAACUGCACAAUAUUCAAAUGACAAAAUACAAGCAACAAAAACUAUCCCUGGCACUAUCAAUUCUGAUGAAAUAAUUCCACGCUGGUUCCUAUCCAAAAAUCCAGAUGGAACUUACCAACAAAAACCUAUGAUAAAUGGUGAAAAGACACAAACCAUUGGUAAUACUGCAGCAAACCCAUCAAUUUUAACGAGCCAGCCGUCAAACAACUUAUAUCAAUCAUUUUCUUCUUCACUACAAAAUAAAACUUCUGAAACUUCUACUUCUAAAGUGAUACCAACAAACAACAAAUGUUUUGUUCUCCCACCAACUAUUUCCCACAGUCCUUUGGUGGAAGCAACAGCAUCUAUGUCAAAAUCUACAACAACAACAAAAUAUCUGACGUUCAAAUCAGCAGUUCCAAAUAAUAUAUCUAUGCCGAACAGUUCUCUUUGUAGUGCUGAUGGUAGAACUAUUGUAGUUGGUAACAAACAGUAUCAAUUGGUUAAGGAGCCAACAGGUCAAAUGAGAGCAGUGAUCAAUAAAACUAAAAUAUUUUUUAAACCACCACCAACCGUUAAAUGCCGCGUAAGAAAUUGUACCAAGUCUGCAACAAUAAUGUGCAGUAGGUGUACAUCGGUGAAAUACUGUUCCCAUGACUGCCAAGGACUUGACUGGUAUCGUAGUCACAUGAACGACUGUGAACAACUGCGAAAAAAAAAGUAGAGACCCUAAACUUUCCAUUACAUAUAUAAAUAAUUUUAAUGUAAUAUAUUUAUAUUAAAGGCGUUUCCAUGAAAAUA